GAAGUAAUUGAAUAAGCCCCGGAAGUUUGGAACUAUCGCCGGCGUGGGUUCGCAGGUAGAUCGCGGUGCCAGUUGCUAUGGAACCGGUCGGGCCUUGUGGUUUCUGCCCGGCGGGGGAGGCCCAGCCCGCGCGUUACACCUGCCCUCGCUGUAAUGCGCCCUAUUGCUCGCUGCGCUGCUACCGGACGCAUGGCACCUGCGCAGAAAACUUCUACCGUGACCAGGUGCUGGGAGAGCUCCGCGGCCGCAGCGCCUCGCCCAGCCGCCUGGCAAGCGCCCUACGCCGGCUGCGUCAGCAACGCGAUACCGAGGACGAGCCUGGGGAAACAGGCCUUAGCCCCGGCCCAGCGCCCGGCGGCCUCUCGGGACUGUGGGAGCGGCUGGCGCCGGCCGAAAAAACUGCCUUCGAGCGGCUGCUGAGCCGUGGUGAGGCCGGGCGGCUGCUGCCUCCAUGGCGGCCGUGGUGGUGGAAGCGCGGAGCCGGACCGCGGCGGCUUCUGGAGGAGCUGGAUGAUGUCCCGGGCAGUGAUGCCGCGGGGCUGGAGCCCGCCCUUGCGAGGACCCCGCCGGAAUCUAUGAAAGAUGCCUUCGCCGCGGAGCUCGCGGCUGCCGAGCUGGUUCUUGGAGAUGUCCCGGGGGCCUGCACGCCCGCCAUACCCACCCGCAUCCCCACGCUGGUCAGCCUGAGCCGCGGCCCAGUCUCACCGCUCGUGCGCUUCCAGCUGCCCAAUGUGCUGUUCGCCUACGCGCAUACUCUCGCCCUGUAUCACGGCGGUGACGACGCACUGCUCUCUGACUUCUGUGCUACACUGCUCGGCGUUUCCGGAGCCCUGGGUGCCCAGCAAGUCUUCGCCUCUGCGGAAGAAGCCCUGCAGGCCGCAGCCCACGUGCUGGAAGCAGGCGAACACCCGCCUGGGCCCCUGGGCACACGAGGGGCUAUGCACGAGGUCGCUCGCAUCCUGCUGGGUGAGGGCCCGACCAACCAGAAAGGCUACACGCUGGCAGCACUGGGAGACCUGGCAAAGACCCUGGGCCGUGCCCGGAAACAGGCUGUGCUUAGAGAAGAGCGAGAUCAUCUUUACCGGGCCCGGAAAAAGUGCCAAUUCCUCCUGGCCUGGACCAAUGAAAAUGAGGCUGCCCUCACACCCCUGGCUCUAGAUUGCGCCAGGGCUCACCAAGCCCAUGCUGUGGCAGCCGAGGAGGUGGCCGCCCUCACUGGGGAGCUGGAGCGGCUUUGGGGAGGCCCCGUGCCACCUGCCCCAAGGACUCUCAUUGAGGAGCUCCCUGGCUGAACUGGGGACCCUGGUCGUUAAUAAAGCUGUGACUGGUCA